CAGCGCUGGAUCAGGACUCGAGGCUCCUCCUUCUUUGCUCCUGCUGCGCCAGACCGGUUCUCAGGUUUCCAACCAAGACUGGUCAACUGCAGGUCGGAUUGGCUGCGGUAGGAAGAGGAGCAGAUGCUCCACCAAAUCACAAACCUAGGAUUUUAAUUUUACUUGGUCUCCUCCCUAGAAUCCUGGCAACUGGUGUGCAUUGUUUCUCUUAGAGGAGAAACCCUUCCUUGCCCGGGUUGCUAAGGAGAUGGGACGCUGUAACUUGCUGAGCAGUUGGGACCCUGAAAUCCUUUAACUGACCUCAGCAAAGCGACUGCCCUGCGUUGCCUCUUUCCAUAUCUGCACUCCUCCUUCAUCCAGAAUUUUUUUUUCUUGACUCUUUCCAUGGAAGACUCGACGUCCCCGAAGCGAGAAAAAGCAAACCAAGAUCCAAGGGAAGCAGGGCAGCCAUGGGAAGAAGUAACAGCAGCUUCUUCCCAAGGUCUUGAGUCUGGGUUAUCUGAGCCCUUGGAAUUGGAGCAGGGGCUGGAAACUGGACCCCAACCCAGAAGCCCUCCUCAGAGCCCACAGUCCAGAGCCAGCAUCCCUCUGGAUGACCUCACAGGACCAGGUGCAUCAUAUCCACCUUCCCCUCCACAGGAGGCCUCUUACACUCCUUCUCCCCCGGCUCUGGCCAGACAGGACCUUGCAGCGCCAUGGCAGUCAGACAAAACCACUAGUGUGAAUCCCGAAGCUGGGACACCUCACUUCCACUAUUUGGAACAAUCGUCUGAUAAAGGAGAAUCGACUGUUUCUCACACAUUCCAAUCAGAAGGAAGCACCUUCCAACAGUCUCAGCAAACCAAACAUGACCUGCAUGGACCAGAAAAUGUGAACUAUAACAACUCUAAACAAAAAGAGCUGAGAUUUAACAUCUUUCAGGACGAAGACUCAAACAGUAACUAUGAUCUGGAUUACGCUGAACCUGGGGUCUCUGAACUGGCCCCCAGCAUGCUUGAGAUCACCAUUCAGAGUGCUAAGGCUUACUUACAGAAGACUAGUAGCAAGUCUGGCUUAAAUUUGUAUGAUCAUCUUUCUGAUAUGCUCGCCAAGGUCUUAGAUGAGCGUCCGGAAAAUGCUGUGGAUAUCAUUGAAAGUAUCAGCCAAGAUGUGAAGAUGGGACAUUUUAGGAAAAAAUUAGAUACACUCCAAAAUGAGAAUGAGAUGCUUCCAACAUAUGAGAUAGCAGAGAAGCAAAGGGCUCUUUUUCUCCAGGGAAAUUUGGAAGGAGCUGACCAAGAACUAGAAGAUGAAAUAGCAGAAAACGCUCUCCCAAAUGUAAUGGAGUCAGCUUUUUAUUUUGAACAAGCUGGAGUUGGUUUGGGCACAGAUGAGACUUACCGCAUAUUUCUUGCUCUCAAGCAGCUUACUGACACCCACCCCAUCCAAAGAUGUCGUUUCUGGGGCAAGAUCUUGGGUCUGGAAAUGAAUUAUAUUGUAGCUGAAGUAGAAUUCCGUGAGGGAGAGGAUGAAGAGGAUGUGGAAGAGGAAGAUGUAACUGAAGAGAGGGACGAUGCAGAUAGCGAAGCUGAUGAAGAUGAUGAAGACCAAUUACCAAGGACCUUUUACAAGACCCCACAGGCUAUACCAAAAGAAGAAAACAGGACGGGUGCCAACAAAUAUGUGUAUUUUGUUUGCAACGAACCAGGAAGACCAUGGGUGAAGUUACCCUCGGUUACGCCUGCACAAAUUGUUACUGCAAGAAAAAUAAAGAAAUUUUUCACUGGGCGUUUAGAUGCUCCCAUCAUAAGCUACCCACCUUUCCCGGGAAAUGAGAGCAAUUACUUACGAGCCCAAAUUGCCAGAAUUUCAGCGGGGACCCACGUCAGUCCUCUGGGAUUCUAUCAGUUUGGUGAAGAGGAAGGAGAGGAGGAGGAAGAGGUAGAAGGCAGACGAGACAGCUUUGAAGAAAACCCCGAUUUUGAAGGCAUCCAAGUGAUCGAUCUCGUGGAAUCCCUAUCCAAUUGGGUUCAUCACGUGCAACACAUUCUGUCCCAGGGCCGCUGUAAUUGGUUUAACCCCAUACAAAAAAGUGAGGAGGAAGAAGAAGAGGAAGAUGAAGAAAAAGAAGAAGAGAAAGGAGAAGAGCCUGACUAUACAGAACAGGAAGUGGGGCCACCUCUUUUGACACCAAUCUCUGAAGAUUUAGAAAUCCAGAAUAUACCACCUUGGACAACACGGCUAUCCUCAAAUCUCAUUCCUCAAUAUGCUGUUGCAGUCCUUAGAUCCAACCUUUGGCCUGGGGCAUAUGCCUUUUCCAAUGGCAAAAAGUUUGAAAAUGUCUACAUAGGCUGGGGUCACAAAUAUAGUCCAGACAACUAUACACCCCCAGCUCUACCACCAGUGUAUCAAGAAUACCCCAGUGGAGCAGAAAUUACAGAAAUGGAUGAUCCUACUGUGGAAGAAGAGCAGGCUUUCAGAGCUGCACAAGAAGCAGCUGUUCUUUCAGCUGAGGAAAAUGAAGAAACUGAGGAAGACGAAGAGGAGGAUGAUUAUGACCAAGAAUAAAAUUAGCCCAGGGUCAAAAUGGAAGACUGAACAAAAGCACAAAUCUCUCUUACCACGAUAAUAAAAGAAAAAGUUAAUAAUAAACAUGCAGAUCUAUAGUCAAAGCAAGAAAAGAAAAGUAUAAAGGAAAAUCAAAAUGGUAAGUAGGGGCCAUUUUAGGAACUAAAUUCUCAGUACCCUCCCCCCAAACUAAGUGGUGAGAUGUGAAAUUAAGCAUAGAGCAUUCAGCAUAAAGCUUGGAAUUGGGAUCAUAGCCUGUUUGGGAGCAGAAGAUCAAAGAGCUGCAUUUAUCAAGCAGUACUGCAAGCAGAGAGGUGCAGCUUGCCCAGGACAGAGGCAGUACCUCCCCAAGGCCAAGACCUUAUGUCAGUCACGAAAGAGGAAUCCAUAGUGAAAGGACUGAGCUAAGCAACCAUGCAUGUAAGGCCUGGUCUGGAAGUGGAAUAAUAGUAUUUAGAAAGUAGCUGAGACUGCUAUGAAGCUGUUUAUUUUCAAAGUAGAUGUGACUUGUCUCAUUUUAGCUGGAUCAGCUGACUUUAAAACUGAACUAAGUCAAUCUGAUAUGUCUGGUCAGAGGCUGCAAUCAAAAGAUUUAAAAUUAGUUGAUAUACCCCAUGGUGGUGAAAAUGAAAAACAAGCUAUUGAGUUAUCUACUGAUGUUCUUUCCAAUGAAAUUCAUUCAAAAAGAGAAAUUAAUUCAAUACUUGGGUGAAAUCAGCCAAGACCAGACAAGUACUGUUUUGGAGCCGAAGAUACAUUAAAGGUUUUGGAAGUGGGAGCUGUAAAGAUUCUAACAGUUUAUGAAAAUCUGGAUAUAACGAGAAAUAUUCCUUAUUGUCAAGGCACAGAAGAAGAGAAAAUUCUCUAACUGCAGAAUAAGAUGAUAAAUCUCAUUUCACUGACAGGACAGGUACAUGAGCUGAUUAAGAACAUGUCCCUGCUGGAAUGGUUUGCUCACAACUAUAAAAAAUUUGGAGCUACACUGGAAAUUGUGAUAAGAAAGAUCCCAGUCUGUGAACGGAUUUGGUGUAAUUGGAAGAAUCUUGCAAUACUGAGCUGAGUUCCACAGAACACAAAGGAGGACAUGAUGAAUUUUUUUACUUUGAUAACUAAUAGC